GAAGAAGAGACUGCUUUCUUUCAGAGAAAGGAACCCAGACCUGCCCAGGUAGAGGGAUAUGGAGCUCCAGAUUCUGUGUGGUUUAUAAACCCAAGUCAUUGAAACACUUGACUCUGCCUACGCUUCUCUAGCUUGAGAGGUUGCUUCAGGCUUCAACAGCCUUUCACUGUCUCAGUAGUCUUUGGGGACUAGAUUUUUUUUUUAAGGAGUUCCUAACUCCAACAUAAAUGAUUAACUAUUUAAGCUGACAUUCCAAUGGUUGACCUUCCUCUGGUUAGGUUGAUAACUUUCCUUCCUUUUUGCCUUCUUUAGUGAGCAUCAAGAAUCCUUUAUCCUUAUUCUGAAAAGUAAAUAGAGUUGGACUGUAACCAGUCCAUUUCUAGGCCCCAUUUAGAAUUCUUAUUCUCUCUUAGCAACAGUCUCCACCACCAGAAUGUUCUUUUUGAAAAGACUCUUGCCUGGAAUUACAUGGCUCCAUUGCCAACAUUUCUCUAUGAAAAACCCCUUCUUUGUGGUGCUUAACAUAACCUUAAAACCCAGGUAAUCAGAGCAGGACUUGGAGGCCUCCGUACUGCGCUGUUUGGUGAAAGACUAGGUGAUGUUGAUGACCCCUUGACUUUCCAGAAAAACUGCUCAGGGCGUUUGGAGAAUGUGAGAAGAAAACCUUGGAGGUGUUGGGAUCACUUCAGGCAUGCCUGUGUUCCAAGGUCAUGACACUGUGACGAAGGGUUUGGAGAAAUGGAUGGCCUCUUAUAGAGAUAGAGCUGAACUGUGAUUCAUGAUUCAGAUAGACUUGGCCUAGAGGCUCUUCUCCCUAUCAAAUUCUGGAAUUCUAUGAAAGCUUGGUGAGGCCUAUCACCAUGUUCUGGAAGUUUGAUUUGAACACAACAUCCCAUGUUGAUAAACUGCUGGAAAAAGAGGAUGUGACUCUGCAUGAGUUGAUGGAUGAAGAUGACAUCCUCCAGGAAUGUAAGGCGCAGAACCGCAAGCUUCUGGACUUCCUCUGCAAACAGCAGUGUAUGGAGGAGCUGGUGAGCCUCAUCACUCAUGACCCGCCCCUGGACAUGGAAGAGAAGGUCCGCUUCAAAUACCCCAACACAGCCUGUGAACUCCUGACCUCUGAUGUGCCACAGAUCAAUGAUAAACUGGGAGGAGAUGAAACUUUGCUGAACAUCCUUUAUGACUUCUUGGACCAUGAGCCGCCUCUCAACCCUUUACUGGCCAGCUUUUUCAGCAAGACUAUUGGCAAUCUCAUUGCAAGGAAAACCGAACAGGUGAUCACGUUUCUGAAAAAGAAAGACCAGUUCAUUAGCCUGGUACUGAAGCACAUAGACACAUCCGCCAUGAUGGAUCUGCUGCUUCGCUUGAUCAGCUGUGUGGAGCCUGCAGCUCUUCGGCAGGAAGUCUUAAAUUGGCUGAAUGAAGAGAACGUCAUCGAGAGGCUUGUGCAGCUGAUCCACUCAAGCCAGGAUGAAGAUAGACAAUCAAAUGCUUCUCAGACUCUAUGUGAUAUUAUCCGACUCAGCAGAGACCAGGGCAGUCAGACGCAAGAGAUCUCUGAGCCUGAUCCUCUCCUCACAGCCUUGGAGUCACAGGAAUGUGUGGAGCAGCUUCUAAAGAACAUGUUUGAUGGGGAUGUGACUGAAAACUGUUUAGUCAAUGGCACUCAGAUUUUACUGACAUUGUUGGAAACAAGGAGAUCUGGGGUGGAGGGCCUGGUGGACUCCUUCUCUCAGGGAUUUGAAAGGUCUUACACUGUCAAUAGCAGCAUAUUACAUGGUAUUGAGCCAUGGCUGAAAGACUUUCACCAGCUUCUUCUCACCCCUCCAAAGAAAAUGUCCAUCCUGACUACCAUUGGCAUCCUGGAGGAACCUCUGGGAAAUGCUCGACUUCAUGGGGCCCGUCUGAUUGCUGCCUUGCUGCAUACCAACACACCCAGUAUUAACCAAGAGUUGUGUCGGCUCAACACAAUGGACUUGCUACUUGACUUGUUUUUUAAGUUCACCUGGAAUAACUUUCUGCAUUUCCAAGUGGAGCUGUGCGUCGCAGCUAUUCUGUCUCACUCUGCCCGGGAAGGAGGAAUGUUAACUAAGGAAGCUGAUUCCCGAGAGGAUCUGCCUAACGGAAACGGAAGCUUGGAAAAAACUGAGUGUGCAGAGGUGACCUCUGAAAAUGUUAUGGUGACACAUCUGUUUCAGAAGUGCUGCUUGGUACAAAGGAUCUUGGAUGCCUGGGAAGCCAAUGACAGAAUCCAGGCAGAAGGCGGGAUGAGGAGGGGAAACAUGGGCCACCUCACCCGAAUAGCCAAUGCUGUUGUCCAGAACAUGGAGAAGGGCCCCAUUCAGACUCAGAUCAGCUCAUUCAUCAAAGAGCUUCCCGAGGACUGCCGAGGGCGAUGGGAGAGUUUUGUGGAAGAGACGCUGCCAGAGACCAACCGGAGAAACACCGUUGACCUGGUGAGCACCCACCACCUUCACUCUUCCAGUGAAGAUGAAGACAUGGAAAGUGCUUUUCCCAAUGAGCUGUCCCUGCAGCAGGCUUUCUCCGAGUACCAGAUCCAGCAGAUGACGGCCAACUUCGUGGACCAGUUUGGCUUCAACGAUGAAGAAUUUGCAGACCAGGAUGAUAAUAUCAACGCACCUUUUGACAGGAUUGCCGAAAUCAACUUCACCAUCGACGCCGAUGACGACAGUCCCAAUGCAUCUCUGUUUGAAGCAUGCUGCAGUGACCGCAUCCAGCCCUUCGAUGACAAUGAGGAGGAGGAGGACAUCUGGGAGGACAAGGAGGUCAACUAUGCGACCCAGGCGAAGUCCCGGACCAGGUUUGGUGCUUCACAUACCUCAGAGUAUUCCCCCCAAAGUAAUCUGGAGAACGGGGAUCAGGAUGGCAGCGAGGACUCCGAGGAGGAGGAUGGGGGGGACGAUGGCCCUCGGCUCCCAGAGCGCACCAGCUCCUCCAAUAUCAGUCUGCAGGGUGACUUGGACUCCUCCGAAGGCUCUGGGUGGACAGCUGUAUUUGAUGAGCCUGUAAAUUCCAAGCCCCCUCCCUCAGGUGUGGCCAUGGACAUCGGCUCCCGUGUUUGGGAUGCGGCCGCCGCCGCCGACACCUGCACUUCCGAGGAAAAAGGCUGGGCCAAAUUCACCGACUUUCAGUCCUUUUGCUGCUCAGAAUCAGGCCCUCGAUGCAGCUCUCCUGUGGACACGGGAAGCAGCACUUCGGAAGGAAAGUCUAAGCAGGGCCAGGACAAGACCUUCAGCCCAGCUGCCCCUUGUGUCUGGAAUGUGUGUGUGGCAAGGAAGGCCCCUCUGGUGGCCUCCGACAGCAGCUCUUCUGGGGGCUCAGACAGUGAGGACGAGGAAGAGGAGGAGGAGAAGAAAGCGGGUGUCGUCACAGAAACUGUCGGCCCAGGACCCGGACAAGAAGGCCUCAAGCCAACCACGGAAGCCAAGGCAGAGAUAUCUGUCAUUACCAGCACCGAAGAGUCUCCAGGGACCCCCAAAGCAACCGUGUCAGAGAGGGGAGUGACGGGCGCCCCGCAGCAGCCCUCCCUGCAGCCCCUGAGCCCUGCCACCGUCAUCUCGGCCGCCGCUGCCACAGCAGCCGUGCCCACGGCCGCCACCACCGCCGUCCUCUCGGCAGCCACCACCGCCGUCCUCACGGCCGUCCCCGCAGCAGCGACGACGGUGGCCGCCACGACGGUGGCCGCCACGACGGUGGCCGCCACGGCUGCCCUGGAAACGGUGAUGAGAGACAGGAAAGAGGAGGCGCCACCAUCCCCAGAAGCCACGUUAAAUGGCCCUGCUUGAUGCUGCUGCUCCCUCGAGCCGCCAUGUCUCCCUGGGGCUGGGCUGCUUCCACUUAGGCAAGAAAACUACCUGGUGAUGCAAAUGGUCUGUUUUUUUAUUUUAAUUUUAUUUUUUAAUAAAUGCUGCAUUGGUAAAGCUGGUGGUUAGGACCGGUCACACGACGGCCACAACCAAAACCUUCCUUAGCAAACGGUGGCGACAUUUGCAUUGUCUCAUGUAGCCCCGGAGGCGCCUUGACCAAGCCAGUCUCCGCCUGCUCUCUCCCUGCCGCCCACCAACCUCCUGCCCUUUCACCCGCCCCCAGCGUUGAGCUGUUCCUGCAUCUCCUCUCCAAUGGGGGCCGUGGGCAGAAGCGGAGGGACCGGGGUCGCCGGCCUGCGCGCUGCCCCUGUAUAGCAAUAAAGCCUUAUGGGGCGGAGGGAAGGAGCCGGUGGGGGGAGAAAAGGGGACACACUGGCCCGAGGCCCUCCCCAGAUGCCCCCGAUGUCCCCUGCCCGCUCCUCAGCAGUCAGAGAGGACUAACAAGCCUGUCGAGAAGGGACUGCCUGCCUCAGGAAGAGCUGGACGCAGCCCUCCGGGGCCGGCCCUGGACCCCGUGGACUUUCCCACGAGCCCAUGGGGAAGCCGGGAGCUGUUUCCGGCCUCCUCUCAUUUCGAGUGGCUUUUUUCUCAUGGAUGCAGGAAAGGCCACAUUUUUGCACUUUGGAACCCAAGAUCCAGACUUCCCAUGUCCCAUCCUUCAUCCCCUCCUCCCCCAACUCCCUCCUGUGCCCAAGCGAGGCGAGCACCAGCUUGGCAGCCCCGCAGGCCAGGGUGGGCCAAAAGAUAUCCCCAGAGGGUCCAGGCUGAAACAAAGGAUGAAAUCUCAAUGGAUAGUCUGGCACCGAACCAGGCGGCCACAGGAGUGUGGCACAGGCACGGCCAUCGUGUCCACCGAGUGGACGUUGGCAAGUCUGGGGCUCUCCGUGUCGCCAGUGUGAGCCAGCAGCCAAGCCGCCAACCCCAUCCCAGGAUGCACUGAGAGAGGGAGCGUCCAGCUGUCCUCUGACCCGCUCAGAUCCCAUCUGGACCUUGGCCUGCAGUUCUGACCACCCAGUUUGGAGAGAGACCAGAGCUAGGAAGCUGUGGUUGGGCCCAAAGGCAGGCCCGAGGAUGGGGUGACAGAACUGGGAAGGCUCGGGGGGACCAGCUAUCUGCUCUCUGCUUUGGAGGAGGAAUCCGACUUGUUCUGUUUGGACUGAGAACUGGGAGCAACGGGAAGAAGGGUUGAGGCAGACUGGCUUCAUUAGACAAGAGGGGGCCUCGGGAGCUACUGAGCCCCCCGUCAUUGGCAGGGUUCCCAUCGGAACUAGACAAGCCAGCCGUCAGGAAGGAUGCUGGACGCGAUCGGCCGCAGCAGACAGGGCGGUGUGUGCACAUGGUUGGCACCUGGGACUUCCUGGAGCCCAGAGCCUGCUGGCCCACCCCCCUCGGAAGACCCCUGCCUCCCCCACAAAUGCAAACCAACCAGACCUGGUUGUCCCUGGACUGGCAGGGGGUGGGAGCCUGGGGAGGCGGCGCCCCCAGGACGAAGGUGACUGAGCUUUCUGGAGUGGAUUCCUGGCGCUGCUCUGGUUCUCAGGGACCCAGAGGCCUCCCCAAGCUAGCUGGCACAGGGAAGGUAAUGGCGGUGGGGUCCCUUCUCACCCGUAUGCCGGGGUUACCCGAGGGAGGCCAGGCCAGCAGGCACACACCAGCCUGGCUCUUGGCAGCUUCCUUCUGACUUGUGAACUAACUGCCUGCUCUGAGCAGCUCUCUCCAGUCCCCCCUCCGUCCUCCCGAGGGCCUGGCAACAGCCGGCCAGCUAGAAGUGGGGCGGCGGGAGCUGGGAGCCACCCUCCCGCCCGUCCGUCCAGGAUGUCUGCCUGUCUGUCUGUCCUCUCCUUGGUCUUUGAUUUGCUGACUUUAGGUGAUACCUUGAAAAUCGUGGUAAACAAACGUAUCAAAUGUA